AAAAUAAUAAGGCCGUGUUCUGCGAAGAAUCUACGAACAGUGUUGUCCAUUCUGGCUUCUGGCGACUGGGUCAAAAAAUUUGCCCUUCCAAGACAAGCAAUCUCUCUCACAAAAUUCCAAUCCUCUCAGCGAAAAACAUUUCAAAGAAACAACCAACCAAACCUCAAAAACGACGAUGGACUCUAAACUUCUUGUCAACCAAGCCGCCCUUCUCAACGCCGAAGGUUCCCAUGCUUUGACUCUUGGAGACGCCAUGGCCGCCCACUACAAGCUGAAGCAAGCUCUUCAAGUCCUCUCUCAAGCGACAGACUCGUGCAUCCAACAAGCACCUGUGAUCAAGGAAGAAGGGUGGUACAGGAGCAUUGUGUCUUCUGCCGUCGUGCCUGGUUUGAAUGAAACCAGCCAGGGAGGUGACUUCUACGUGUGCAACAACGCACUUCUGUUCCACUUUCUCGACGAAGAUGUCAUCGACAGCGCCGCGGUGGCCAUUUGCUGCCACUGUGUGAUGUUCAACAUGGCUUUGACCUUGCACCAGAGAGGCAUGUUGACUGGAACAGAGAGAAACUUUGUUUCCGCUGGACGCUUGUACGAACAGUGCCUCAGGCUCAGUGCUGAGAUCGAAGGAUCGGUCGACGACCUGAACAUCAUGGCAAUUGCCAUUUGGAACAAUCUGGCCCAACUCCACUACAUGCUUGGUGACUACGACAUGGCCAUCGAGAACCUCAAGACAGUACAAGGCUUCGUGUCAGACACUGACUUGGAAGAGUGUGUCUCUCCGGGGCUUGCCCAUGCGGUCAAGUUGGACAAUGUCAUCCUCAAUGUGUUGGUCACAAGUAGACCCACAACGGCUCCUUGCGCUUAAGAGACGCAAAAGCUCCUCACAAGCAUCCUGCCUGCUGCAUCACACCUCUCGCGAUCCAGGUGUCAUUUGGACAUAUGAAUGAAAACGAAUCGAAUCUGUACAUUUUGGCUAGCUAGCUACGCUCUCCUCUCCUCACAUCAUCUUCUCGAAUACAUCAAUUACAUCAAUUUGGUUUAUUACAUAAAGAAUACGUACUAUAAAUCACACAAUACAAGUUGU